AUGAACACCACACACGUUCCAGAGCCACACAGAACAGAGCAACACACCGAGAACCAGCGACACUGGAGGAAGAUCCUCGACAUCGCUCCAAUCGUGUCAAUUGCAUUCCCAGCCGCCAUGUACUUCAUCUUCGACGAAGACAGUUUUGAAGGUAGCCUUUUCCUCAGAUUCGUCACAGUACUCCUCCCCUUUUCAUACUCAGCAGUACAGUAUGCCGUACUACUCCACACCAACAGGAUGCCACAUAACAAACCAGAGGGCAUCCUGCAGAGCAUGCUCUACUACACCCUCAAUCUCCUGCUUCUUGCAUUCACCAUCAUCUCCAUCCUUUCAAUCAUUGCAUUCACCCUUGAUGAAUGGGAAAAUAAUGAUGAUUCACUCCUCUACUCCAUAACCCUUCCCUCUUUCUUCAUCCCACUCACCUAUCUCCUCUCCGUCUCCUGCCGCCUUGUUCCAGGACAGAUUGGAUUCACAGAUACUGGAAUCAACGUCCUUAUUGACAUCCUGAUACUACUGUUCCCCCGUACUGCACUUGUGAGUAAAGAAUCCAAGCACCGUCUUCUCUAUGCAGUCCUAUUUCUUUUACCCAUCCUGAUACGAUUGCUCAAGGAGAAGUAUUGCCCAUCUGGAAAGAGUUCUCUUCCUACUGCAUCAUGGAGAGUGGCUGUCCUUGCCCUCAUCCUUAUCCUUGUUUUUUUUGCCUACACGUUUAUGAUGUGUAGAUCUAUGGUUAUUCUAAAUAAUCAUUUUGGCUUACUUAAUAAGCUAAAGAGAGUCUCUGCUCCAUCAAGGUCCGAUAAGUAA